AUGGAAAGUGAAGCGAAAAAUGUGAUUCGAGUUGGUUCGAGAAAAAGUGAGCUGGCUCUGAUACAAACCAACUAUGUUAUUGACAGCCUGAAAAAAGUACACCCUGAAAAGGAAUUCACCGUAGUUACCAUGACAACGCUGGGAGACCGUAUACUAGACGUGUCGUUGCCGAAAAUAGGAGAGAAGUCUUUAUUCACCAAAGACCUUGAAGACGCACUGAGGAAUGAUACAGUGGACUUCGUGGUGCAUUCCCUGAAGGACCUGCCUACCACCUUACCCGAUGGGCUGGCUAUUGGUGCUGUAUUUGAAAGAGAAGACCCGAGAGACGCAUUGGUUCUUCGAGAGGACUUCAAAGACCACACACUGGCUACAUUGCCUGAAGGAUCUGUUAUAGGUACAUCGUCACUACGUCGCACCGCUCAACUGCGCGGUUCGUACCCGCAGUUGUCUGUCGCAGACGUGCGCGGCAACCUUAACACCCGACUACGCAAACUGGACACGUCUGGACAAUACGCCGCGCUACUAUUGGCCAGCGCUGGCUUACAACGCAUGGGAUGGAAGGAUCGGAUAUCUAAGGUUUUGCCUUGCGCGGACAUGAAAUACGCAGUAGGACAGGGUGCCCUGGCCGUGGAGUGUCGGUCGGACAACACGAACAUUCUGAACAUGUUGGCGCCCUUCAACCAUCCAGAGACUUACUGCAGGAUCCUCGCGGAGAGGAGCUUCCUAAAGACUUUGGGUGGAGGUUGCAGCGCUCCGGUUGGCGUCUCUACGACCCUCAAGCCAGUAGACUCCCAGUUCAGACUGUCCCUAACUGGAGCAGUUUGGAGUAUGGACGGCAAAACCAAACUAGACCACACCCUUCAACAAACAUUCACACAAAUCCGACGCACACAGAAACACAAACUUAGUCCCACAGAAGAAUCAGAAUGCAAAAAAGUUAAAAUAGACAAUGGUGAGUCCAAAAAUGAAAUCCUAAACCCUAAUGAAGUACUUAAAGAUAAUAUUGUAGGUAAAUCUGUUAGUCAAGAUAAAGAGGGCGACAGUGACAAUCGCAUUUUCUGCGGGUUAACUGUAAACACAACUAUACCCGUAGAUGUUAUAAUCAAAUGUGAUAAUCUAGGUAAAGAUGUAGCCAACGCCCUCAUUGAGAAAGGUGCUCUAGAUGUCAUGAAAGUCACUCAAGAUAUCAUAAGAAGUUCCACAGCCGCUAAAAUAUCAUGA